CGGCGAACCGAACCGGGAGGCAAGGCGAUGAGCGCGGCUGGCGCGGGUGUGGGCGGUCGCCGCUGGGCGCGACUGUCCCGCCUCGUCUCCUUCAGCGCGACCCACCGGCUCCACAGCAAAUGUCUGAGUAACGAAGAAAACUUGAAACUGUAUGGGAAAUGCAACAAUCCAAAUGGCCAUGGGCACAAUUAUAAAGUUGUGGUGACAGUUCAUGGAGAGAUUGAUCCUGUUACAGGCAUGGUUAUGAAUAUGACCGACCUCAAAGAGUACAUGGAGGAGGCAAUUAUGAAGCCCCUUGAUCAUAAGAAUCUGGAUCUAGAUGUGCCAUACUUUGCAGAUACUGUAAGCACGACAGAAAAUGUAGCUGUAUAUAUCUGGGAAAACCUCCAGAAAUUUCUUCCUAUGGGAGUUCUUUAUAAAGUAAAAGUAUAUGAAACUGACAAUAAUGUUGUCGUCUAUAAAGGAGAGUAGCUUUUAGGGGUUCAUACUGUAGAAAGAUUAAUUUCUUUCCACAUUUGAAAAAGGUCUUUAUCCUCUUGGACUAUUAAAAAGUCAUCACUUUUUAAUUGCUAGAGCUUCACCUUGCUAGAGCUUCACCUUGUGUUCUGGUGUCUAAUUUAUUGAAAUCAUUGUGUGUAAGACCUGUUGUGUAUUCAAAUAUAUUUUAAAACAAAAUUUGUUAAA